UGUGCCGAGCUGCUCCCUGCGGGAUCAGAGCGCUCCCCCGCCGGGACCCUUCUCUCACAUCCCCCUGCUGGGACGCGGCUACAUUUCCAGCCAAGCACUGCCUGCCUUGGCUUUAUUAUGUGUGUCUGCGCCGCAGCCCCGCCAGCAGAGGCAGGCAGAGGAGGAGGAGGAGGAGGAGGAGGAGGAGGGAGACUGGUAGCCAGAGUCAGGACAAAGAAAAAGCAGGGAGACAGAGGCUAGCGGAGGGUUAGGACUGGAGCAGGAAUAUUUAGGCUGCUGCUGAUAAGGCAUUUGGGGAAUAUUAACGGGGGGAAGAAAAAGGGAGGUUGUAAACGCAGUGAUUCCCCCUCGGGGCGGAGAUGCAGGGGAAGAGCGCAGUGUCCACAGCACCAGACCAACACCACCACCCUCACUGCCGGGUGUAGAGUAGCGGGGGACGGAGCGCUUUCGGAGCGAAGGGCAAACAAGACUCAAGUAGUUCCGAUAAACUAUAAAAAAUAACAACAACAACAAGAUGAAGAAGCUGCAGGAGCGCGCGUAAACGGAGGCUCACGCCACAUUAUCUCCGCACCUGGAUCAUCGUUACGCACCGCUGUGCCACCGCAGACCACGCGCUCUGCCUGUCACUUUUCUCACUCAUCACCGCGCGCCGGACGCUGCUCAGGUGUGUGUGCGUGCGUGCGUGCGUGCGUGUGUGUUUUUAAUAGAAUUUGCCGCGCGCGUGGCUGGCAGGCAGCUCGCGCUUCCACCGCGGAGACUACAGCCGGAGCGGCACGAGCGCACUGGGCUGCAGCCGGAGACGCGCGCGCGGGGUUAAAAGAGACGAAUCACGGGGUGAGGAAACGGGAGUGAGUCAGGAGAAGAAGAAGAAGAAGAAGGAGGAGGAGAAGGAGGAGGAGAAGAAGAAGGAGGUGGGACGUGAACGGGAAGUUGUUGCCGUUUUGUUCCACAGGUUGGGGGAAAACGCACCGGAGGAGCCGAGCGUCGCCGCCUCCUUCUCUGCGCCGCCGCCGCCGCUUCGUUCCCGGCGUGUGUGCGGUUUGUUGUCGCCGGACUAAAACUGUGUCUCAGAGAGUGAAGCUGCCGCAUUGCAACAGGCGGAGCAGCAGCAGCAGCAGCAGGAACAGGAGGAGCAGCAGCAGCAGCAGCAGCAGAGAAGUGGUGGAAGCGAAGGAGAAGGAGGUACAGGAGGAGGAGGAGGAAGCCACGGUGUCCGCCUUCCUCGCUGCCUGCAUGGUUUAACUGGAAACACUGAAAACAAGCAAGAGAAUCCACGCAAUUCAAAGACAAGAGACCGGGAGCAGAGAUGUCGAGGAGAAAACAGGCCAAGCCGCGCUCCGUGAAAGCGGUAGAAGAAGGGGAGUCUUCAGAGUGUGGAGGCACCUGGGAUGAAUCAACUGUCCAGACAGAUGUCCCGGCGUCUGACAGAGAGACGGCGUCCAAAGAGAACCAGAGCACGGGCGGCGAGGACGGCGAACAGGACGAGCACGACGACCGCGACGACGACCUGGACGACGAGUCCAUCUUCACCUGCGACAACUGUCAGCACGACUUUGACUGUCUCGCCGAACUCACCGAACACAGAACCAACCACUGCCCGGCCGAUGGCGACGAUGACCCUGCAGGUCUGUCGUGGGUGCCUUCAUCGCCGUCCAGCAAAGACGUGGCGUCGCCCUCGCAGUUGCCCGAUGGCUGCUGUGACCUCGGCAUGGCCACCGGCGGGGAAGAAGAGGGAGGCACGGGUCUGCCGUACCCCUGCCAGUUCUGUGACAAGUCCUUCAGCCGUCUGAGCUACCUGAAACGCCACGAGCAGAUCCACAGCGACAAGCUGCCUUUCAAGUGCACCUUCUGCAGCCGCCUGUUCAAACACAAGAGGAGCAGAGACCGACACGUGAAGCUCCACACGGGAGACAAGAAGUACAGCUGUCAAGAGUGUGAAGCCGCGUUCUCUCGCUCCGAUCACCUGAAGAUCCAUCUCAAGACGCACAGCUCCAGCAAACCUUUCAAGUGCAGCGUGUGCAAGCGCGGCUUCUCCUCCACCUCGUCACUGCAGAGCCACAUGCAGGCUCACCGCAAAAACAGAGAGCAUCUUGCGUUGCGGAGUGAGAGGGAUGAAGGGAAGAAGGGAGGAGGAGGAGAUGGCGACCUGGACCAGGACCUGUAUAUGUGUGACUACUGCGAGGAGACGUUCAGCCAAACAGACGAGCUGGAGAAACACGUCCUGACCCGACACCCGCAGCUGUCCGACAGAGCCGACCUGCAGUGCAUCCACUGUCCCGAGAUCUUUCUGGACGAGGCGUCUCUGCUCACGCAUAUUGAAACGCAGCACGCCAACCGCAAACACAAAUGUCCAGUGUGUUCAGAACAAUUCCCUUCUGUGGAGGACGUCUACUGUCACCUCGACAGCCAUCGCCAGCCCGACUCCUCCAAUCACAGUGCAGCCAGCCCCGACCCUGCGCUGGGAAGUGUGGCCUCCAUGAGCUCAGCGACGCCAGAUUCCAGCGCCAGCCUGGAGCGAGGCUCCACGCCCGACUCCACGCUAAAACCCAGCCAGGGCAGCGAGCGAGGCCGCAGAAGAGGAACCGACCCCGGGGAGGAGAUUGGGAUAAGCCUGGGUCAUCAAGGUGGAGCUGCUCUUUAUCUGUCUGUCCCGACAGCAGGAGGAGGCAGCUGGGGUAAAGUGACGUCCUCCUGCCCGUACUGCUCAAAGAGAGACUUCCACAGUCUGGCAGUGUUGGAGAUCCAUCUGAAGACCAUCCACGCAGAUAAGCCGCAGCAGAGCCACACGUGUCAGCUCUGUCUGGAAACGCUGCCAACGCUCUAUAAUCUCAACGAACACGUGCGCAAGGCGCACCGCGCCAGUGGCGGAAGCGUCGGUACGACGGCAGCGGCGGCGGCGGCGUUUCCGCUGCUGCAGUUCACGAACGUCACAGCUUUCCACUGCAACUACUGUCCGGACAUGUUCGGAGACAUCAACUCUCUGCAGGAGCACAUCAGAGUCACCCACUGCCUGCCCGGUGGCUUAGUGGCAGGAUCCACUACAUUAGAGGGGAACCAUGCCUUCUUCUGCAACCAGUGUUCCAUGGGAUUCCUGACAGAGUCCUCGCUUACGGAACACAUCCAGCAGACGCACUGCCCCUCGGCCACGGGGGGUGGGGCCGCCUCUGGAGGGGGCGUGACCAAACUGGAGUCUCCCGUACUACAGGCCGCAUCUCAGUCGUUCAUGGAGGUUUACUCGUGCCCUUACUGCACCAAUUCUCCUAUCUUCGGCUCACUCCUCAAGCUCACCAAACACAUAAAGGAGAACCACAAGAACAUCCCGCUGGCCAACAACAAGCGGCAGGCGAAAGUCGCCGACUUGAGCCCGGCCUCCUCCGACGUGGAGAUCUCCUCCCCGAAACGCCACAGACUCGGAGGGGACUCCACCCCGUCCAUGGGCAGCAAUGGGGACUACCCGUGCAACCAGUGUGACCUGCGAUUCUCCAGCUUUGAAGGCUUCCAGGCGCACCUGAAGUCGCACCUGGAAAUGCUGCUCAGGCGCCAGUCCUGCCCGCAGUGCAACAAAGAGGACUUUGAGUCGCAGGAGGCGUUGCUCCAACACCUGACGGUGCACUACACCACAACGUCGACGCAGUACGUGUGCGAGAGCUGCGACAAGCAGUUCUCCUCGGUGGAUGACCUGCAGAAACACCUGCUGGACAUGCACACGUUUGUCCUGUAUCACUGCACUCUGUGCCAGGAGGUGUUUGACUCUAAAGUCUCCAUACAGGUGCAUUUGGCGGUGAAGCAUAGCAAUGAGAAGAAGCUGUUUCGCUGCACAGCCUGUGCCUGGGACUUCAGGAAAGAGGCAGAUCUUCAGCUCCAUGUUAAACAUAACCACCUGGGCCAGAGGGCAGGCCUCCCGGGGGGACUUGGAGCAGGCCUCAAGCCCCGAAAGUGCAUCUUCUGCGGCGAGACGUUUGGAACUGAGGUGGAACUCCAGUGUCACAUCACCACGCACAGCAAGAAGUUCACGUGCCGCUUCUGCGGCAAAGCUUUCCAAGCCAUCUCACUGUUAGAGCGCCACCUGAGGGAGAAGCACUGCAUUUUCGACGGCGGCAACAUCACAGGCAACGGCGGAGGCACGGGGAGCAGCAGCAGCCAGAACGGGACGCCCAACGGCCUCGCACAGUCCUCCAAGCGCGGCGGGGGAGGAGUCGGCGGCGGUAACGGAGGAGUGGGAGGUGUUGAGAGGGUGACGGUGGCGGCCGCUGAGCAGGCCGACCUGCAGAACAUGGUGCUGAAGGGUGGAGUUGUGGGAGGAGGGAACCAGGGAGGAGACACGGUCAACAGUCAUGAGGCGAGCGGCGGCGAGGAGGAGCUGGACAAUUCUGAGCCCAUGUACGCUUGUGACAUCUGCGGAGCGGCCUACACAAUGGAGUCGCUUCUGCAGAACCACAGACUGCGUGACCACAACAUCCGACCUGGAGAUGACGAUGCUGGUUCUCGAAAGAAGAAGGCCGACUUCAUCAAAGGGAACCACAAGUGCAACGUUUGCUCCAGAACGUUCUUCUCUGAGAACGGACUUCGUGAACACGCCCAGACACACCGAGGUCCCGCAAAACACUACAUGUGUCCCAUAUGUGGCGAGCGUUUCCCCUCCCUGCUGACCCUCACUGAACACAAGGUGACCCACAGUAAGAGUCUGGAUACAGGAACCUGUCGAAUCUGUAAAAUGCCCCUGCAGAGUGAGGAGGAGUUUAUAGAGCACUGCCAGAUGCACCCUGACCUCCGAAACUCCCUCACUGGCUUCCGCUGUGUCGUCUGCAUGCAGACCGUCACCUCCACCCUGGAGCUGAAGAUCCACGGCACCUUCCACAUGCAGAAGCUUUCCACUGGUUCUGGACUUGUCGGUGGAGGAGGUGGGAACGGUAUAGGAGGAGGGGGAGGAGGAGUAGGAGGAGGAGGAGGAGGAGGGGGGAACGGCUCAGCCUCUUCAUCCCCUAACGGUCAGCUGCAGCAGCAUAAGCUGUAUAAAUGCGCCUUCUGCCUCAAGGAGUUCAAGAACAAAGGGGAGCUGGUGAAGCUGGACGUCAACGGUCUGCCUUAUGGUCUCUGUGCCAGCUGCAUGAGCAGGGGCACGAACGGCCAGAGUCCGAACCAGGGAGGAGGAGCAGCCACGCCGGGGGACGUGCAGGGUGAAAAGGCCAUGGUCGGCCUGAGGUGUCCGGAGUGCGGGGUGAAGUUUGAAACCUUGGAAGACCUGGAGAGUCACGUCCAGACGGAUCACCCCGAGGUCAGCCCCGAAACCAGCGCAGCGGGAAAGAAAGCCGAGGGUUCGCUCGCACCGAAGAAAAAGACCUACCAGUGUAUUAAAUGCCAAAUGACGUUUGAGACGGAGCGAGAGAUCCAGAUCCAUGUCGCCAAUCACAUGAUCGAGGAGCCCACCUGUCGGCAAGAGGAGGGCAUCAAUCACGAGUGCAAGCUGUGUAACCAGAUGUUUGAUUCACCUGCCAAGCUGCUCUGCCACCUGAUAGAGCACAGCUUUGAAGGCAUGGGAGGAACCUUCAAGUGUCCCGUCUGCUUCACAGUAUUCGUUCAGGCCAACAAGCUCCAGCAGCACAUAUUCGCCGUCCACGGUCAGGAGGACAAGAUCUACGACUGUUCCCAGUGUCCACAGAAGUUCUUCUUUCAGACAGAACUACAGAACCACACACUGAGUCAGCACGCGCAGUGAGACCGGGGCCCGGCAGGAUCUCUCGGCUCAGCCCGGGGCCCCCGACCCAGGCGCCGGCGGGGGAGCCCCAUCUCCACAUCACAGCCAAUCAAAGUGUCAUUUGCUACUCACAUGUAAAACUCUAACGAUCGCGCCACUGGGCGCGGCUAUUAGACGCAGCGGGGGGAGAGGGAAUAUUAAUGGGAUAUGCUAUUAAAUAAAGAAGGGGGGGGGGGGGGGAACGACGGUGAGAGUGAGAUGAAGAAAGAGUCAAAAAAGAAUAAAAAAUAAAGGUAUUGUACGUGCAGUAUUUUUUAUCGUCCCUGCCAAACAGCCUCCCUCCCACCAGCUUCCUCCCCCUUCACUCCCCACUCAUGCAUUUUUAUUUUUUUU